GGAACAGUUUGGAGCACUCAGCGACCCCGGUGCUCCUGAACGAUCUGCAUUUAAAAAAAUUCAUCAAGCUGGCCCGGUCGAUGCUAUGGCGGGGUGUAAUUUCCCAUCUUGCCGGAGCUGUACUGUCGUCUCCGCAAAAAAGUUCUCGCUUCUCUUCGUCUUCGACUCUCAGUCGCUUACGAAACUCAUUCGACGACAACGCUCGGGCUGGUAGCGCGGUUUAUCAGCAUGCUCUUAAAUUCCGGCGACCCGCCAUUAUCGAGUGGCGCAAACAACUCGAUAAUACUGUCAAUUUAAUUGGCUCCGUCACUCGCGAUCCUCGGGUUAUUUAUGGAAAGAACCGUGGCUUUGGGGUGCACACUUCGCUUAGAGUCAAAAGCUCUUGCGGCUCAUCCUUCCAGGUACUUCUGAUGAUGUGGGCCGGUAUGGCGGAAAUUGCAUCUAAACAUUUAAAACAAAACGAUUUAAUUUUUGCUUCCGGUCAUUUAGAGUCUUAUGAAAAAGACGAUGGGAGAGGAAACAUCCGAUUGUUUUAUAAGGUAAUUGUGAAGGAGUUAAAUUUUGUUGCUAAAAGGCCAUGUUACCAAGGGCAUGAGGUGUUAGAAUCUACUAAAGGGAAAAAAAGUCACGCCCAAGAUUAUGAAAACCGGCUUCACUUGUGGCAAGUGUUUUUUACCAAUCCUCAUGAGUGGUGGGAUAACAGGAAGCACAAGUCAAAUCCAAAUUCACCUGACUUCAAGCACAAGAAUACUGGUGAAGCUCUUUGGCUGAGUAAAGAUGAUCCUCCAUGGGUUAAAAGACAACUUCAAAAACUCGACUCGGAAAUGGCCAAACUUGUAGGUCCUUGUUCUAGAGUAACCAAUUGGGUUUACCAGGAUUAGCAAAGCGAAAAAGCAAUGAAAUAACACGAUUACGGUCUUGGUGCCUUGUGCACGCAGCUUUGUGCUCAUGGUCCCCAUUUGGAAAGACAUUAAAUCAUUAUUUUCCCCCAGAAUUAUUUUAUCAUUCUAUAGCAGGAAAUGGUGAAGCUUGUAUGACAGGUCAGCAGGAUACUGUAUAGUACAUAUAAGCAUAUGCAAGUCAUAGGAGUUGGUGCAAGAUAUCGUUGUAGAAUGCUCAAUAGUCAAUACCAAUUGAAGUCAGAUGUUUUUUUUUUCCUCUUUUGGUUUUUUUUCCCAAUUAGGUGGAUUUGAACUUCCAAUUUCUAUUCCCAUUUCAUCUCA